GACUGUUAAUUUGUCACCUAAUCUUAUAUAUCAUAAGUAAUUUGAUUGCGAAGUAUCUACUUUCCUUCACAGAUGAAAACGCUACUAAGGCCAGUAGUAGUCUUUGUCACUCUUCAUCUAUCUCUCUCCAACGCAUCACCGAAAAACGACACAGCAAAAAACGAAACAAAACUAACAAAUGAAGAAUUAAACAAACAAAUACAAGCACUAGAAAAAGAAGAACAAGACUUGUAUAAGAAUAUAACAACAGGAAUAGACGAUAGUCUAAAAGCUCUGGAGAAUGUUACAGGAAAAGAUGGGGAGAUAGGUUUGAAAUAUCUGGACUUGCUUAAGGAUGACUUCAAAGAUAUUGUAUCCAAGUCGGAGAAUAUCACGCGACGUGACAUUGCGGAAGAAGAAAUGGCCGUCCCUGACUCACCGUUACAAGACAAGGCUUCACUCCGACAGAGAGUGACGAAGAGCGAUGUGAAGCUCAAGUUCGACGAAUGGCUGAAGACCAAGAAGAUUAAGAAGAAAGCUGGCGCCACCAAGGACGGUAAAAAAGAUCCAAAAGGGCCGGAGCGGUGCCCGCGCACGGGGAAGGAGGGUAAAGGGAGGACCUACCCGUGCUGCAAGGACUGCUGCCGGCAGUCGUACCUGGGCUGCUGAGGAGUAAGGGGAGGGGAAGUUGGCUGGAGGAAAUGGCUUUCUUGUAAUGAGAGUUUGAACGCAAAAUUGUUUUUGUUCACACAACCUAUGGUGUGACAUUUGUAUUUUUUGUGUGCAAUAAAGUUAAUGGUGAAGAAGGAA